AUGGAGGAUUGUUUUCUGUUGAAGUCGCUGGGAGUGCAAUGGGAUUUUUUUCAGGUGCCAGCUGCUGGUCUUUCGGGUGGUUUGAUGGUUUUAUGGAGGAAAGAUUUAGCUAGUUUUUCUGUGUUGGAAGCUUCUUCUCAAAUGAUAGUGGGGAAGCUUGAUGUUUUAGGGAAGGGAAGCUGGAUGGUAGCAUUUGUAUACGGAAGCAAUGAAAUUCAGAAUAGAAGAACUCUCUGGACAGAUUUAGAGAAACAUUGCUCAGGUAACCUUCCUUUUGUCGUAGGGGGUGAUUUGAAUUGUAUAAUUUCUCAAGCUGAAAAGAGAGGAGGGAAGAAAUUUUCGGUUAACCAAGGUUCUAAAGAUUUCACUAAUUUCAUGAUUAGAAAUUAUUUGCAUGAAAUUAAGUCAAUGGGACCAAGAUUUACUUGGUGUAAUAAUAAGAAUGGUGGAGCUAGAAUUCUGGAAAAGCUAGAUAGAUGCCUUAUCAAUACCAUUGCUUUGAAUUUCAUUCAUAUUGCUCUUGUGAAGAAUCUAUCUCGUGUGUCCUCGGAUCAUUGUCCAAUCUUGUUGGAGGUUUUUAAACCUUUGGAGCAUACCAAGAGUACAAUCAGAUAUGAAGAAGUAUGGGCUUCCUAUUAUGGUGCAUCUGCUUUAGUGAAGAGUGUUUGGAAGAGGAAUUGUAAAGGAGAUCCGGCUACUAUUCUUAAUUUGAAGUUCAAGAGAACUUUAAAAGCACUGUUCUAUUGGAGCAAGGAAAAGUACAAAGGGUUAAAUGCUUUAAGAGAUAAAUUGAAGGAUGAGAUUUUGGAAAUUCAAUUGGAAGAAUCUGAAGGGGUGUUAUCUGUGGAGAGGCUGCAGAUUUUGAGAUUUAAAAUCAACGAACUCAAUGUUACAUUGGCUAGGAUCAAUACUUGGUGGAGGCAAAGAGCCAAAGCUAGAUGGAUGGAUGAAGGGAAUUGUAAUACCUCUUUCUUUCAUGCGUUUGCUAGUGCAAGGCGGAGUUUGAAUUGGAUCAGUCAUAUUAAAAUAGGGAGUGGAAUUUUCUCGGAGGAAGAAUCUGUAAUUCAGGAUACAUUCUCUGAUUUUUUCAUAUGCAAAUGGCAGUUCAGGGACUGCAUUUUAGAAGGGUGGCUGAGACCUUCUAAAGUUCUUAGUUUGGAAGACCAGAGAAUGUUGGAAGCUGGAUUCUUACAGGAAGAACUUCAGGUGGUGGAAGAGAUCUCUAAGAGGAGUAUUUCUCCAAGUGUAGAUGGGAUUUCUUUCUCAUUCAUCAAAGAUUUUUGGCAAACUAUCAAAGGAGAUACUUGGAUUGCUGUGAAACAGUUUAUGAUUUCAGGUUUUAUGGAUGAAUCUUUGAAGGAAAUAAUGAUUGUUUUAAUCCCCAAGAUCAAGAGCCCUCAAGAACCAGUCCAUUAA